UCUGUAUCUUAAUUGGUCGAUGUUGCGUCGCACUGUUCGGUCGCACAAAAAAGUAAAAUUAACAAGUUUCAUUCAAUAGUAAAGAAAACGGAUUUAUUUGGACUUAUAUAGUUAUAGUUAUGAAUAUACCCCAAUGGCAUACAAUACCGGCGGUGGCACUAAAUCAAAUAUUCGACUAUCUCGAUACUCGAGACCGCAUAUCUGCGGCCAAUUGUUGUUGGGCAUGGAGGCAACAUUUUUUUCAAAGACGGUACUUUAGAAACUUUCGCUUUCACAUUGACGUGGCUAAGGAUGAGCAAUUGGCGUUCUUCCAUCGCAGCAUGGCCAAUCUGGCCAAGGAGCUGGUCAUUGUCUUCGAUUUCCACAAUGCCUUUCACAUACAGAAAAUGCGUCGGCUGCUCUACAAGGCAGCGCGCUGUGAUAACAUUCGAGCGAUACGUUUCCAAACAAAUAAUGUGGGCCUCGUUGCUGCUGGCAACAUGCAUAGUGAACAUCUGGUUGCCAUCGAACAAUGCUUCGUGGAGCCCUUAAAGUUGAUUUUGAGCCGCAAAAAUCAAGCGUGUCAGAUCUUGGAUCUGGGUGCCAUCGAAGCGCUUACCUAUUAUGGCCAGGACUUUCUAAAGACCAUGGGCAAGCCGCAGGAGUUACUGCAGCUAACGCUGGCCAGCAUCAAAUAUGAUCCUAGUCACUAUCCCAUACUCGGGCUGGAUGCCACAUUGCUUCAAAAAUGUGCCGCCUUGCAGGUGCUCUCCCUGGACUAUGAUACGCUCAACGAUGAGCUCUUGCAUACCAUACAGGUUUUGCCGUUGCGUAAGCUACUCAUUGUUGUGCAUGGGCUCGAUCAGGAGGAGCAUGGCGAUGUCUCAGAGGCAGCUUGGUCAAAUUUCUCAACACAUUUUACGAACAUUGAGCUGGUGCUGACGCUUGUCUAUGCCUAUGAGGCCGUGGAGCAGCUGCAAAUGCGCAUUCUGCGCCGACACAUGCCCGUCACUCACAUUCGCAUGCUCUUCUGUGAGUUUAUGAAUCAUGAGGCACUCGAUUGGAUGUCGGUGCACAAUAGCGAUACUUUGCGCAGCAUCUACUACAUUGAUUCGUUGAGCAAGCAUUCCAAUAUGCGUCACACCAGACGUCAGGAUCCCUUUGUCAUGUUAUCCUGGCGCUGCAAACAGCUCGAGGAGAUCGUCGUCCACGGUUACACCAUGGAUCCGCACAAUUUGCUGGGCAUCGCACGAUUGCGCGGUCGACAGUUGCGACGUCUCGAAGUAUCACAAAUCGAUUGGCAAUCCAACAGCGCGGCUCAACCUCUUUUCAACGAGGAAAUGUGCACGUUGUUGGGUCAACAAUGGACGCGUGUCGAGCCCGAGCAACUGCCUAGCGAGGCAUUCGGACCAGUGGACUACGAUAUAAGGGAUAAAUAUGUUUAUGAAUUGAUGCGUCAGGAUCUGAGCCGUUGAAGCACAACAUAAAAUCAAAUGCAACCAAAAAUCGAAUAAAGCAACGUCAUGCAACAGCAAAAGCAUCAGCACCAACAACAUCAAAAAGCAGAACAACAUGACACGUGAUCAAAUCGAGCGCAUAGAAAUUUGUAGCGUUUAGAAAAACUUUUACGUAGGCAACUAAAAAAAAAAAAGAAAAUCAAAAAAAAAAAAACUUUAAAACAGGGAAAAGCUCUUGGCUUUUCUGUUAAGGUAAAAAAAAAGAAAAAGUAAAAAGCAAACGAUUUUUGAUAUGUAUAACGUAAACACUUUAAUAAUUGGCAAGCCUUUGUACAACUAACAAAUUUGAUUUUAACUUUUGUCUUUCGUAUGCUAAACUAAGUAAAUUUUUAAAAUUUCAAAUUAUUUUGUUCGGCCAACACAAAAAAAAAAAGAAACAAAUAUGAAAGAAUAUGUUAACGGGCAUAUAAAAGACUUGAGCACUUCAAAAAUGCAAAAUGUAAAACGAAUUGUAAACACACAUACUAACGGGCAGUUUGUUGUUAACAUAAUAAUACUAGAAAGUUAGAAGAGCAACAAACAGCGACACAAGUAAGAUAGUUAGGACAGACGACAAAAUGUGAGGGAAUGAAUGGAUGAUAUGUAGAGAACAUCAUUUUAUAAGCAACAACAACUGUGAUUUAAACAACAAAAUAUAAAAACAAAAUGCAAGCAAGCAAGCAAAAGUGAAGCCAGUUACAGCAAACAGCCGCAACAACAACCAAUUGUUAAGCAAAUUGUCUAGUUAGCUAAGUAAAAUAUAUAUAUAAAAAAAAAAGAUUUAAAAAACAAAAAAUCGUGUUGAAAAUGUUUGUAAACCAAAAAUGAAAAGAAAAAUAACUGACCAAUGUCAAAUUGUUAGCUCAAUCACUUGGCAAAACAACAAAAAUUGUUAACUUUUGUAAUGUAUGAAAAGAAUAUCAAAUGUAAAAAGUUUGGCGCUCCAUUGUGAUAAGACAACAACAACAACAGCAACAACAAUUGUAACAUCAACAAGAAGAUGAGCCAUUUGUGUAGUUAUCAAAAAGUGAUAUUAGCAGCUUAUGUAAAGCAUAUUGUAAACAGCGCACGCCUGCAACAUAUAUAUAUAUAUAUAUAAAUAUAUAUCUGUAUAGCUAAAGUCCAGUUGGUGUGGCGUGUGCUGUUGUAAAGAAAACUUGUUAAACGAGAGACAUGCGUUAGCCAGAAUUGAAUUGAAAUCGUGUAAAACCCAAAAUGCAAUCAAUCGCAACACUUGAGUAUUUUGUAUUUUCGUAGCAACAGGCAUUCAUUUAUACAAUAACAACUACUAUAUAUAGUUUACUUAUGUUUGCACAAAACAAAACAAAAAGAAAAAAACAACAACAAAAAGAAAUGUUAGCUGAAAUGUUUGCCAAGACAAUUGUCCAACAGGUGCACAGCAGCUGAGCAGCUAGGCAAAUCAUGUAUAUAUUUAUAUGUAAAUGUAUAUAUAUAUGUGUAAAUGGUACCUGAAGAUCACUUGAGCAUUUAAGCGAACAACUCACAAAGAACUUUGCUCAAAUUUAAUAUAAAACAAAACAAAAACAAAAAAGUAAAUAAACGAAAGACUGAACAAAGGCUCAGCUCGACUUGACUUGGCUCUGUGGCAAUUGUUUGAUCAAUGAACUAUCAAUUUGAUCAACUGGCAAACAUGCAGCAGCAGCAGCAGCAACAACAAAAUGCGAUCUCAAAGAAUGAAAAAAAAAAAAAAAAAAAACAAACACACUUUUACACUAUCCAACCAGGUGUAUAUAUAACUAAAGCUAAAAAGAACUAUGCAUGUAUUUUUGUUAUCAAUAGCGAAUAUUAAUUUGUAAAGUGAACAGAAAAUUAAGCAAUCGUCUAUAUGUGUGUGUGUGUGUGUAUGUGUAUGUAUAUGUAUAUGUAUUUGUGUAUGUACAACACAAUGUAAUUUAGUUUAGCCUAGUACAUACCAACAACAAACAACAACAACUAAAUGUGAUAAACGUGUCAUGCUGCUUCCAACAACAAGAACAACAAACAACAGCCAGAAGUGCACCAAAGAUGAAACACAUGAAUAUAUAUACACAUAUAUAACUCUAUAUAUAUAUCUAUAUAUCUACCUAUGUAUGAUCUUUAACAAAAGUGAAUAAUUGUAGCUCCGACCUUAUUGUUUUAACAAUCCAAUGCAAAAGUAUUACAAUUCAUUCAAAAAGCAAAAACACUUCCAAAAACGCUGCGUAUGAGUAAUGUUUCUUUUUCUAUACAAAAAACGAACACUCGAAAUGAAGAGAAAAAACAAAAUAAGUAUAUAUAUAUUUUAUAUGCCAUUUAUUGUAUUUAAAGCAACAACUUUUUGUAAAUCAUUCCACUCACACGCACACACACACACAUACACACAACACUAAGCUAACGUAUGUAUUAGAGCAAAUGUAAAGGGAGCACUAAGACAAACAACAACAACAACAAGCAACAGCCAGUGCAUUAAGAACAACAACAAAUUUAUAUAUAUGCAAGUUAUGCUUAAAUAAGAGAUAAAUAACAAAUAACAUAAGCGCAAAAAAGUGUAUAGAAGAAAGCUGUGAUAAAAAAAAAAAAAAAAAAAAAAAAACAAAUCCAACAACACAAAACACACAAACAACAACAGAGUAAGGAGAAAAGUAUGAACCAGAAGAAGAAGAGAGUUUAUAGAGUACACAAAAGCCAAUGCGAAACAUAUGCGACCAACCAAAGGUUAACAACAAAAUAAACAAACAACAAAGAAAUGUUUAAGAACACAAGUAGAAAGGGGAGACAAAUGGUUAAAACA